AUGACAGGAACUAUAUCUAAUCAUAAUCAACGUUCACAACCCGUCUUGAGUAGCUCGCCAAAGACGAAUGGUGGCUUCAGCUUGUAUGCUGAGUACUCGUCCUCACGCCGUGGAUCAAUUCCGUCCCUUAACGAGUUCUCAAAUAAUGUUUUACGUAAGACUCUCGACACAAUAAAUACGUCCCCAACUGUAGGAUUUUCAAAGAACUUUGUGCCAUCUAAGCUUACAACUACAAGCAGUGGCUCUAGUUCAGAGACUCAUUCAAGGCAAAGUAGCUUUCAAACUGAUCGUGAUACUGAAGAUUUACCCUCUAUCUACGCUAAACAAAGCAAUCGUACUAGCUUAACACCGUCCUCUACUUCAUUAGAGCCUUACUCGUUAUUAAAAAUGGCACCUAAUAUAGUCAAGACAAGAAAAGGAAGCGUUUUAGCUAGAAAUACAAUUUUAAAAAUGGAUCAUUUUUCGAGAGGCACAAACACAAACCUUGAUUUCCACCUUCAAGGCGCUCCUAACUUUCGGAUAGCGGAGUUAAAUGUCCAUGGUGUUGCGCAACCUACAGUUAUUGGGCUUUCAACUAUUCUAGCAUUGCUGAACUGUCAUCCAAAAAGCUUGAAGCCAACUUCAUGCACUUGGUUCUCAACUCGCGAGGAACCCCUGGUCUAUAUAAACGGAAUGCCUUAUGUUUUGCGUGAAUAUGCUGACCCGAUGCAGAAUAUGAGCGCCUUCUUAGGCAUCAGUUCAGGGCGAUUAGAGAAAGUCGAAGAAAGAUUGAAAUCUGAUGUUAUGAAAGAGGCAAAAUCAUUAGGUGGGCUUCUACUGGUUCAUCAAGAAUUAUCUGAUGGAACGGUUGUGCCUUGUUUUAUCGCUGCCGAUACUGUUAAAACGCCUAAAGAAACAUUUCAGUCUAUUCAAGAGGAGGGUUACAGAAUAAAGUACUUCCGUAUUCCAAUUUCACCGGAACAAGCCCCCGAAAACAAUUAUUUUGACGAAUAUAUCAACGUUAUUCGAAAUCUUGAUCCAAAUGAUCCUUUAAUAUUCAAUUGCGGUAUAGGAGCAGUUAGAACCACUGUUGGUAUUAUUAUUGCGCAAAUUAUUCGGCGUACUCAACUAAUUGAAAAAGGAGAGCCUGAUCCAUUUCCAGUUGCGGGAUGGAGCUAUCCAUCGAUCUAUGACAGCGUUCUCUCACCUUCUUCAUCAAAUGAUUUCCAGAUGGGGAGAUUUGCGAAGGGAGCUGAUGAAGCUGAUAAUUUUGACACAAAAAAUAAUGCUUUACUUCGAUUGUUUCUUAUACUGGAAGAUGCUUUGAAUACUAGAUUUUCAUCGAAAUCAGCAGUAGAAUGGAUCUUGGAAAGAGGCCCCUUAAUAGAAAAUCUAAAAGAUGCAAUUAUGGGAAACUAUCAAUCCAUUAUUUCUCUGACUACCGUAUUGGAAAGCGGUACUUACAGCAAGAAAUUACUGGAUACAAUCAUUGAUAGAUCCGAUGCUGUAGUUAAUCUCCGUGAAUCUAUACUUUCCAACCGUAUCCUUCAGACAGCACACGUGUCAUCAUCGGAUUUCAAUGAGAAUCAUUACUUGAACAAAGCUCUGUCUGGAUUGCAGCGGUACUUCUUCCUGCUAUGCUUUACGGCUUAUGUAAAUGAAUCACCCAAUACAAACUUCGAAGUUCGAUUCUCUGAUUGGGUUAGAUCGCGUACAGAAAUUUGGGCUAUGCUACAGAACAUGCGACGUAAAGGGCCACGGCUUUAUUUCUUCCGUCCGGUAGAAGACCUGCAUUUAUUAGGCUCCGGAGACAAUGGGAAACAGAUUAAGAGUAGUAGUAUUAUAAGUAAAUCAAAAGGCCAAUAUACCCAAGCACAAGGAAUGUUUGACAUGACAGGAGCAGGUCAGCAUUUGUACACAGGUGUAACAAUAGAAACAGAAAAAUUUGUCCUCAAUUCACGCACAGGUAUUGUUCUCACUUCACAAACAAUAUUAAAGGUUGAUUUUUGGCAAUAUGAUUAUCUAUCUGAAAGAAAUAAAGAGCAUAACGAACAUAAAAACCACGAAUUCCAACAGCAACAGCAACAACAACAUCUUGGAGUUGAGAGACACCAUGGUUUUGUCAUUGAUGGGGCGUCUAAUUUCAGACAUAUACCGGAUACGCAUGUUUAUGGCGUGGCUCAACCUACUGUAAACGGCCUUCGUCAAGUCAUUCGUACUUUAUUUACGGAAGAAAACAAUAAUUGCGAAAAAAUUUUAUGGAUUAAUCUUCGUGAAGAGCCUAUUAUCUAUAUAAAUGGCAUUCCUUACGUCUUACGUGAUCGCGCAUUUACAAUAAGGAAUUUACGUGCUUAUAAAGGCAUUACAGGAUCUCGAAUGGAACAGGUUGAGGAAAGGUUAAAGGAGGAUGUCAUUCGCGAGGUAACGCAGUAUGGAGGGAAAAUUUUGUUACACGGGGAAGAUAAAGAUGGUAAUGUUCUUUCCUGUUGGGAAGAGGUGGAUAUACAAGAUAUUAUGACUGUACGAGAAGUAAUGGAAACAACGGCAUUGGAGGUUCAAAAGGAGUUACUUGUAGAUUCAUCAUCGGAUAGUAGCGAUGAUUAUGAGCUUUUUAGGAGAAGAGACGCGAUUUUGGAUUAUCAGCGAGUGCCAAUUACUGCUGAGAAGGCUCCCGAAAGAAAAGACUUUGACGAUUUGACAUCCCUCAUUACGCAAGUUGAUCUUUCUAGAACGUCAAUUAUAUUGAAUUGCCAAGUUGGUUUAGGAAGAUCUACUUCUGGUACUAUAAUAGCCAGCUUACUGACGCGUUGGAUACGCCCUAAAUCAGUUUAUCAUAAGAAUAUAAGUCGGUCACACUUGGCUAAUAACAAAUACUUGAAUUACCAAAUUAUUAACAGUCUUUUACGGCUAAUCAAAAGAGGCCUUGAAAACAAAUGCAUUGUGGACACUGUCAUAGAUCAGUGCAGUGUGAAUGGAAAGAAUUUAAGAGACACAAUCGAAGAAGCACGUAUUCAAGCUGAGAAGGAAAAGGAAGAGGACCCAGAACAGUACAGAAGGACAGUUAAAAAAGGUGUUACAGCGUUAGAACGUUACUUUAUGUUUAUCUGUUUCCAGGCAUAUCUAGACAGCACAUCGCCAUCACUUGUAAGGGAUACGGAAAGUUUCAGUUUUUGGAUAAAACAACGCCCCGAGUUGGACACCAUUUUGGAAUUAUUACGUGCGACAGAGAAGGAAGAUGGUUUUGUUUCGUUGAUACCAGUAGAACAAUCGUUGGGCAGCGGUGAUGGUUUGGCGCUUUCCAGUGAAGUGAUUAAAGUAGUUAAAUCUCGACAUGGUCAAGUGCUGGCUCAGCAAACAAUUUUAAAGCAUGAUGCAUUCCCCGGCUGCCAAAAAAUGAGUUUGAAGGAAAAAAUUUCUGGUGCUUACAAUUUCAGACGUGUUGAGGUGUCGCUAGUAAGGGCUGCCGUGAAACAUAAGGCUUUAUUAGCGGCAACGAAAGGUGGGCUAGCAGCUGAUAUGGAAAGGGAUGAUCAGCAAAAAUUGGUCGCUCCUUUUAUAGCCGGUUGCGCUAUGCCUCAUAAAGAUGCUAUUAAGGCUAUUUUAAAGGCAAUGCAAGCUGGACCGGGAGGGAAAAGAUGGGUUUAUUGGACAUGCUUAAGGGAAGAGCCUGUACUGUAUGUCAACAAGAAUCCUUAUGUGCUGCGUCUAUUUAUCGAUCCGCUCAAAAAUUUGGAGACGACAGGCAUUUCGAAAGAAAGAGUUGAGAGUAUGGAAGAGCGAAUGAGAUUAGACGUAUUACAAGAACUUGGCGAAUAUGAUGGUCGUAUGCUGUUACACGACGAGGACAGUAACUUUAAUUUGCUGCCAUUAUGGGAAACAGUUCCUUCUGAUCAAAUAGAAACACCCAGUCAAGUCUUUGAAUCAAUCAAAGCCGAAGGUUAUCAAGUCAAUUUUCUUAGAAUUCCAAUCACUGAUGAGCAAGCACCUAUACCAGAUGUGUUCGAUCAGUUGAUCAAACGGAUGCAGGAAGCAAAUCAAGGCGUAAAUGACGUUAUAUUCAAUUGCCAAAUGGGUCGUGGUCGUACUACAACUGGAAUGGUUGUAGCAUCAUUAUUCACAAUGAUAUUGAAUAACGAUGCUCUUGAUAACUUGGCUAAUUCAUUUGCUAGUGACAGCACAGAACAAGAAGAUGAUAGUGAUGAAUCAAUAGAUGAAAGGGAACGAUAUAUGAAUGGCGAAUAUCGCGUUAUUCUCCAACUUGUUAGUGUCUUGACAUACGGAAAAUUGGCCAAACACCUUACGGAUCGCGCUAUCAAUAUGUGCGACCAUAUGCAGAAUCUCAGAAAAGCAAUCUAUGACUACAAGCUGCGUGUUGAAACAAUGACAGAUCAGGGAUCCAUAAAAUGGAAAGCUACACGAGAAGUUGCCCUCAACUACUUGGUUCGAUACUUCUAUCUCAUUGUAUUUGCCAACUAUCUUUUGGAGGAAAUGGGUACUACGGUAACGACGUUAUGUACCGUCUCGUCAUCUGCAGUUUUGCAACAACCGGCACAAGACACAGUAGAUGAUAAUUUUGAAUUCGAUAAACGAGGUUUUAUUUCUUUCAAAGAAUGGCUAAAAGGCCGAAGGGAAAUUGUGAACAUUAUUUCGCUACAUAGCCUAGAACUUUCGUAA